AUGAUAUUUUCGUGGUUGAUCGUGGGGUUUCGAGACUCACUGGAUUUUUUGGAAGAGCUUGGGAUCCAAGCCCCCAUGCCUUCUUUUAUGUCCAAAGGAGAGAAACAGAUGACAACAGAGAGUGCCAAUACAAGUCGUCUUGUUACAAAGAUCAGGUGGGUUGUGGAAUCCGCGAACUCCCGGAUCAAGCAAUGGAAAUACCUUCGGCAUGUAUUGCCAACAAGUCAGAUUCCAUACAUAGGGGAUUUCAUAAGGAUUGUCUGUGCUAUUUGCAAUAGAUACAUGAAACCCCUUUUUAACGGAAAUGCUACUGAGGACGAGUCCCUUGGAUGUAAAAUGCUUUUUCUAUCCAAGCAAGUCAACGCCUUACAACAACAUGUGGAGGAACAUCACCUAGAUCGACCCUCUGUGUGUUGGGAACCAGUAGAUGAUCUAAAAGGCUUUCCGUAUCUUGAUGAAGAGCAGCUUCGAAAUCUCACAGCUUUGACUCUCACCCAGUUAUGCACAGGAACACUUGGAAGGCAACUGCCAGAUACAUGUCCACAAAGAGGAGCCAGGUCUUAUCAGGGUACGGUUACAGAGUCGACAUGUAUCAUCUCGAUCAUACCAGUUAUGGAAAAGAUAUGA